AUGGGUUCUAUUCAAAAUAAUUCUUGUUGUAGCUAAUUAUCAUCUAAUAAUUAGGAAAUAAAUUUAAGCAAUAAAUAAGAAAAUUUAAUUUCUGCACACAGCUCCCCUAAAAAUUUUGAAUAAGUCAUCCAUAAUUUUAAUUAUGAAUCAUAAAGAAAGAAGGAAAUUUAAUAUUCAGAUAAAGCAAUUUAGAUUCAAAAAAAUUGGAAGGGAUAUAAAUAAAGGAAAAAUUAUUAAAAGAGAAAACCUGGUUUUACUAUCAAUUAAGAAAAUUCGUUACAGUAAUAGCCAGUUUAAAUUAAUUCUUAAGACAGUUUAACCUUUAUCGAGCUUGCAUAACCUCAAUUAUCUAGUUGUAAAUUUGAUGAAAUGGAACCACUAGAAAGUUUUGAGAUUAAGGAUUUUGCAGUUUAUUAGUAUAGAGAUGGAUCAAUUUAUGCUGGUGAAAUUGUAGAUUGUAGGAGAAAUGGAAAGGGUAGAUAUUACUAUAAAAAUGGAUCUAUUUAUGAAGGGUAUUAAUCUUAUGUAUAAAUUUGAUUAGAGAUUGGAAAUUGAAUUAACCACAUGGAUAUGGAAGAUUUCUACAUUAAAAUGGGGAUUUUUAUGAAGGCAAUUUUAAUGAAGGUAGAUUGGAAGGAUAUGGAGUUUAUAGAAAAAAUAAUGGAGGUGUCUUUUAAGGAGAAUGGAAAUGUGAUAAAUAACAUGGAAGAGGUAGUGAAGUAUGGGCAGAUGGAGCUAAAUAUGAAGGUGAUUAUGUAUUAGGUAAAAAACAUGGAAGAGGAACAUUUAUAUGGGCAGAUGGAUCACAUUAUGUUGGAGAUUUUAUUAAUAAUUGUAUGGAUGGAUUUGGAGAAUAUGUUAAAUCAAAUGGCAAAAAAGUAAAUAAUAAUUAAUAUAAUUAGUAUAUUGGAUAAUUUAAAGAUGAUAUGAUGCAUGGUGAAGGAGAAUUUAGUUGGCCAAAUGGUAAAAAGUAUUCAGGUUGGUAUUAUAAAAAUUAAAAAUGCGGUCUUGGAACAUUCGAAUGGCCUGAUGGAAGAAGAUAUGUUGGUUUUUGGAGUAAUGGUUUGAUGCAUGGAAGAGGAAUUAUAUUUGAAUAAAAUGGAAAACAAACUCAAGGAGAAUGGAUUAAUGGAGUUCUGUAAAAAUGA